AUGGCCGCGUCGCCCGCUGCGCCUCGACAACUGCUGUUCGCGCUCCUCCUCCUCUCCAGCACCUGCAGCCGCUCUGUUUUUGCCAUCGGCGCACCACACUGUGUCGACUUUCUCCAGCACUGCGCGUGGAACGCCAGCACGUCGUCGUGCGCGUUCAACCACUCGGUAUCUUUUACCUGUGGCCCGCGCCACGUAUCACUUUUGACAGGGAAUUCAGUCCACACCAACAGUACACCAACUAGCGUCCCAACAAGCCGCACGACUUCUGACGUAGCAGUCGAUGGCUUUACUUGCCAUUGGGACGUCGCUGGCUCGCUCACAGUAGCUCCCAACGUCACUGUUGCCGUCCAAGGCGACGACUGUCUGCUGCACAUUGGCGCUGGCCAAACGGUGUCCGUGGGCACCCACGCAGCGCUCCGUGCAUCGUCCAUGAGCAUCGAGGCCUCGUUCGUGCACUUGGAAGCACAGGCGCAGCUCGCAGCGUCGUACAGUGGCGUGUUCCGUGCUAAGUACGGACUGUUUACCGGUACGGACGUGUGGGGCGCGAGCUACGGCGGUGGUGGCGGCCAGCGCCUCAUUGCGAACGCGACGAUGUUGACGGAGCAGACGGUGCGCGGGUUCUUUGAUGUCCGCGGCCGGACGGUUCGUGUGGACCACUCUCAAGACGGGGUAAAAGCUCUGUUGCGGCAGAGCAGUGCAGGCUGGCAGCUCGCGGCGUUGUGGGCACAAGAAAAGGCGCUGCUGGCUGGUCCCAUUGCUGAGAAUGCUUCCGUUGAAACGUGUGACGAUGCGAGUGCGUGGAUGGCGCCGUUUCUUCUUGGGAGUGGAAGUCAAGCGAGGAUUGGGGCUGGAGAUGCAGUUACGGGUGAAAAUGAUACUGAAGAUGUUGUGUCAGUGAGUGGAGGAGGUCGCAUCCAAAUUCGGGCGUCGAAAGACGUGACCGUGAUGGAAGGCGCAACGAUUCGAGCAAAUGGAGCGUCUGCUGUUAAUGGUGUCAGUGGUGGCUCGGGAGGGUCGGUUUAUAUCUCGGCCACUGCACUUUCACUGAGCGGAACCGUCCAGGCGAAAGGAGGAGAUGCUUUUUGCACGGAGCACGCGGCAUAUCGUGGGAUAACUGAUUGUUUUCCUGCAGGCGGUGGAGGUCGUAUACAGAUUUCUUACAUGUCGGGUCAGCUGGACAUCAAAACAGUUGAUGCAACUGGAGGAACGCUUCGUUCGGACCAGGCGAAGAAUUUGUUAGCGAUGAGUAGCCGCUUUCGUCAUGUGCAGAUUGCAGCACUCGCUGGUGCAGCGGGUACAUACUACCAGGUGGUUCAGCAUUUAGACGGCGUGCACGAGGCCCACCUUCUUGUUGAUAACGGGAUGCAGCGUCUGUGGCCAAAUCGUGUGCAAGUCGAUGACGGAGAAGCGAUUGCGAUCGACGGCACGGAUGCAGUAAUUGGCGGUGCGGUCACGAGUUUAUAUAUCGACGAGGAUGCAGCAGAGAAAAUUGAUGCAUUGACAAUCAUGGAUGGUGCUGUUGUAGCCACGAGCUGCCUGAAGCUGCCUGGUGGAGAUUUCACGGUAUCCAAUGGAUCGUUUCUGUUAAGCCCACUUCUAAUGGGAUUGACGGAUCAACGGCUUGCAUCAGUCAGCAACCAAUCCAGUUUCGAGCCUCCUCUUCUACAUAUUCGAGUGCGAGACAUGGUCGUUUCCAGUGAUUCGCAUCUUAUCAUGCCUACUAGCGCAUUACUGCUGUCUGCUCGCUCUUUGUCAAUGGAUGCAACUACUGCUUUAGAGUUUGCAAGGAGCGCACGAAUUGUUGCAAGCGAAAGCAUUCACCUGGAUGCCAAUGUAUCGAGUGCACUUGAUCCAAUCGCAGCCGGAACUGCACCAGUGAGUAAACCGAAUGAGUUUCACGAAAAAGUGCUAGCUCUUGUGAGUGGAGGGGAUGUGGUACUGGGCGGAACGAUAGCUGUCGGAGCACUUUCUGUGUCAUCAGAGCAUUCCAUUUCAAUUAAUGGCUACGCGGAGGCGCUCAACAAUCCCAGCAUAAAGUCGACAUUCGGCUCUUGUGGAGAGCAACGAUGGCCGUCCCUUCGUUCAUUACGAGAGGAUGUAGUGAAGAACGAUACUCAAUAUGGAUCCGACCAGGUGUCUACGGCUCUGAGUAUCUUAUCUGCGUCACUGAUAGUAAGCAACUUUACGCUGGUUUUACAUGCAUUGGGCUCGAUUUUUGUAGGUGGUCCAGAAGUGAAAGAGCUGCAACUCAACGGACAACUUUCAGAAAGCGAUGAACUUUCUUUACAACACAUUGGCUUCGUGCGCGGAGGAGCCGUCUUGUUGUGUGCUACUGACUCCGUCGAGAUUUCUCAAGGGUCUAUUGUCUCAGCAGACGGAACGGGAGAACGAGCGAACCAGGGCCCGGGCAUGGGAUCGUGCGUUGGCUCCAUUGGCGGAGGGGCAGGAUACGGAGGCCACGGAGCUGAUUCGAGUGUAGUGACUACAACUGGUACUUAUGCAUCUGGUGGUCUGCCGUAUGGAACUCGGUCCGGUGCAGGUAUGCUAGGCUCGGGUGGCGGCUGUGUGGAUGGUGGAAAUGGUGGUGGUGUUGUUUUGUUGGGUGCAACAGGCCUGGUACUUAAUGGUGAAAUUCGCUGUAACGGUGAUGGUGGCGCAAACGGUGCAGGGGGUGGCUCCGGUGGAUUUUUGGGGCUUACUGUAGCACAAUUUUUGCGUGGUCACGGACAUAUUAGCGCUGUCGGUGGUGGGUCGGAAUGUACAGACACUGUCAGUAGUGUCGUGGGUGCCAUGAUACUAGAGGAACUAGAUUUGUAUGCUGGGACUAUUCAUUAUGACGCUGCUGUCGGCGAACAAGACGGUAUGGAAACCCCACCAGGUCCGACGGUUAUUGCCCACCUUUGCGGCGGUGGCGGUGGUGGUGGCCGUUUACAGCUGACAGGCUGUGAGCUUAGUACUUUUGAUCGGUGUACAAGGGAUUUCGAUGGUAACUACACAGUGGCGGGUGGGGCCACGUCGUACAAUCCUGUCAGUGGUGAUAGCGAUGCAACGGCAAUACCAGUUCCAUCCCCUGCAUCUACGGAAGCACCAAGUUCUCCAGUUCUAGCUGGCGCAAUCGGCUCAUUUUUUGGUUUUCCGUGUCCUCCUGGUUCCGGCGGGUUGUUCUGUCGAUUGUGCGCUGUAGGGAAAUAUAAGUCUGAAAGCAACAGUGCAAAAUGUGUAUUGUGCAGCAAUGCACCGUCCAACGCGCACUACGUUGGACGCGGCGCCACCAGCGCGCAGUGUGAUUGGGCAUGCGACCCUGGGUAUUCCGGUUACCACUGUGUAUCGCCUAUUCAACAGCUACUGGAUGCAUGUGGUGGUGAAAUUGGCUUUGCUCUUGUGCUGAUGGGCAUAGUGACCUUCUUUAUUUCUCUGGGAUACGCAUGCCGAAACCGCAAAGAGCCGUCGUACACUCGCAUGUACAAUAGUCGGGAUACCAAGGGUGAACGGCAGCAUUUACUGUCAUCGGCCGUAGCAAACUCACAGCGCAGCUGGUUUGUGUCAAUAUUUCGGUGUUUUUAUUGGCCACGAGUUGGCUACCCGAAGCUCAUGGAGCGUGAUCUACCAGAGCACAUGUCUCGUUUGUACUUGGCUGGGUACAAUGAUCCGGAUUCACCUCUAAAGCUCCGGACGACUGUACCGCCGUCCCUCAAAAAAGUUUUGUACGAUGUGGAGUUUAAAAACUUAGCCGACCGCAUUAACCGUGUUUUGGCUUGGCAACGUGGUCCUUUCUCCAGCUGGGGGGAGGUUGUCUACUUUCUAGUGGCGUUAAUAUGCUACCCAUUCGCAUCAGAGGUGAAACUUUUUCGACGACACGUUCGUGUGAACGAGCUCAAGCGAAUUGUUGCAAAGUAUAAUCACGCUUGUAUGAAAGGACCUCGAGCUCGGGGUCUACUCAAUGCCGUAAAGCUCGGCUAUUGUGCUGAUUACUCCCUUGUUUAUAUUGAGUUGCUGUACAAGGAAAGUUCGCAGUCCGUGUGUGUACCCACGACAAAGAUUGGCAAGCCAUCGCUGCCGCUCGUGCUACUAUUUGCCGGUUGUGGAACAUAUUUCUCGCCAUUCUACUUGGAUCCAAACGAUUUGCUGGUACGAUCGAUUCCACAGUGUCCCGAACUAACAGCUUUUAUUGAUGAACCAUGGAUUGAGUUCGUUGCUGAGCUAAACGAACUGCUGCGCGUCGUGCAGCGCGAUGAGGUUUCACUUGUGGAGUCACUUCUGCCGGUUGCAGUUUAUUUGGAAAAGCAACGCGCUCUAUCUGCAUUGGGGAGCAACUCAAGCAAGCUCGGGGGAUUGCGCUUGUAUCUUGGUAGAUUCUACGUGCGAGAUGAGCUAAAUAUGGGGGAGGAGUUCAAGCUUGGUCUCUUCCUUUCGACAGCAGAAGACUCAUGCGACAACGUUAGCAACAAUCGCAACCCCCAGCAAUUGUCAUCGAUCUCUAGUCGGCAAAAUUAUAGCAGUCAUUGCUUGAAAGAUUCCGAUUGCUACAAUAUCAAUGAUGUGUACGGUUAUGGGCGAGGGGACUCACUUGAUUAUCCCGGACCUCACCGUAAAGACAGCUUUGGUAACGACGGCGUGCGUUACGAUAUAGAUGGGCCUAGCACUGCCAUAAGCAGCAGCGAUUUGUCACAAGUGAGCAGCCGCAAUUCCACUGCUCCUGGAAGCGGUAGCGCUCCAGUCCAAAAUCACGUGAGUAGCAUUCGAGAAGAGGCACUACGGAUACGAUCUUCUGGCUCACCUAUAGAUGGAUUGGCCUGUAGUGGACAUUCUGGGCGAAACGGAAAUCCAGAGGAAGCGUUGGUGGGACCGGUCUCUGCAAAGAAGAGGAGUGCAAACAACGCGUCACAUCGCACUUAUUACGAAGGCUGGCUAGGACCUGUUGAUGGUUCGCUGCCUGUGCCCGGUGUGCUGAUAUGCGCUGCCGAGCUGCGUGAACGUCUCGCUGCUCGGGCGCCACGUCAAGUUGUGAUAUCGUUUCUUCACCACCAUCUGCUUCCUCGAAACUUGCCUCGUAGCAGUUCUCUCAACCUGUCGUGGAUGCUAAGUAUUUCAUUGCUCACGCUCCUCAUGGUUGACCUGGCAAUUACCUUUGCCAUAUUAGUCAACUUGAAAUGUGUCACCGACGGUGAAAUCGAUCACGACUGCAGUGCCUCUAUCAUGAUCCCAGUGCUUUUAAUUCCACCUUUCGCACUCGUCUUGUCGCCCGUCAUGGGCAUUGUAUCACUUGCGCUUUCGUCUUCGACGUUUACACGUCGAUUUUCGGUCUGGAACGCACUUUCAAUGGUCAGUGUCGGGAUAGCCAUUUUCGCUUGCAUCGCGCAGUCGAGCCGGCUCGUUGCGCCAUGGUUUGCAGGUCCACUUCCUUUGCUGCCGUUGAUUGCCAUGAGUGUCAAGGCCGGUCAAGCUUACCUGGUAGAGUGCUACAUCGCUUUUCAAGAAACCCAACGUCGACGUCGCGGCUGGCGUGGCAUUAUGAAGCGCCGGCUCUCGGACGCCAGCGUCCCCGCCGAGUCACCCUAG